AUGAACCCGACCCUCGCGGCCUGUCCGCUAGACAUUGUCGAACGAAUAGUGGCGUAUUUAGACCUGGAAGAUAUACGAAAUCUACGGCUGACGAGCAAGGCCGUGUCCACCAAAUCCUCACAAGGUCACUUUCGACGGGCCUGCCGCAUGAAACAGCUUGAUUUGACGGCCGAAUUACUACAGGCAUUUACCAAGACCAUAGAAUCAAGAAGCAAUCAGCUCAGACACCUAUGUCUCGUUGGACUUGCGCGAAAACCGAACCUACACGGGGACGCAGGCGAAGCUGGCAAAAGGCAGGGGCGGCUUGCUGACCAUCUCGCGGAGCUAUUCAAUGAGAUCGCAAAACAUAAUGAUAAUAAUCAUCUUGAGUUACUUACUCUCAGAGUAAUUAAUGUUUACAAAGAUGGCUCGCGGCAUCUCCCAUCUGAAGGAGGAAAUCAGAUGGAGAUGCCAUGUCGCAUAUGGUUCUGUGCAGUGUACAUGUGGCAAGUAGUGCUACAAGCCCUAGCUACGAGUCAUUUGCGCAUUGAAAAGUUGAAUCUUUUUAACGAUGAGACGAUGAAACAUUGCAGUUUGCCUUGUGACAGGCUCUAUGCAGUUGAGUUGCAGGAUCCUAAGGUCGCAGAGUCAUUCUCAGCUCUUAAGUCACUGUCCCUAAGUUUGUGCUCUAGAGUCUUCAAUAUAUACAAGGACAUGGCCGAACCCGAUGAAAGUUACCUUUGCGCCGCGCCUGCAUGGAAGGAGAGCAUACAGAGGGACUACAACGCGGAAGCUAAUGACGAGGUAAAUUUCAUUGGCGUUGCGAAACUUAUCGGUUUUUGCAGCCAGCUGGAGGACUUUGAACUCCACUUCUUCCAUAUCUCCAACAAGUUCAUAAAUAGCCUCGACUUCCAAACAGAGAGGAUUCUGCAAUAUGUCGUUGAGAUGGAAAAUUUGCCUAGAUUGAGACGGGUCAUGCUGCGUGGCAUAGGCGCCAGGGAGGCCGACUUACUGGAGUUCAUCAAGCGAACUGAGCCUGGCGACUUAUCUCUGGAGAAUAUAAGGUUAGCAGAAGGACAUUUUGCGUCCAUAAUCAAUUACUGCACCAGCAACCAGCCACGCCUUUAUUCGCUCCGUUUUGAGUCUUUGUAUGAGCAAGAAUGCAACGGAGAUUUAACAAUGGUGCUCUUUCCCUGGCACGAGGGAGCUAGAACAGAAAUGGCAGAUAUGACUCUUUUUACUGGGAGAGCUGAGAACUGGGAGCGAAAGGGGGACGGUAUCAGACAACCAGUACCGUUUAUAGUAGACCGGCCACGGAUACUUGGCUGUCCAGCAAACGUGAUACAUCAUAGGUGGAGAGAAACGGAGUAUGGAGCUUGGUAA